AUGCUGAGUAAGGCAGGGAUGCUGGGAGUGGAGCUGGAAUGAGGAUCCAGGGCUGAAGCGUGGCCGGAGGCACUGGCCUUGCCUGGCCGCUCUUUGGGGUGCACCAUGCUGCAGCAGAUCCUCCAUGAUAUGUACAUCGACCCGGAGCUCCUGGCUGAGCUGAGCGAUGUGCAGAAGCACAUCCUCUUCUAUAAGAUGCGAGAGGAGCAGCUGCGGCGCUGGAGGGAGAGGGAGGCCUGGGACGCUCUGGCGCAGGCAGACGGCCUCAGGCCCCCGAAGGCCAAGCGAGCAAGCAACAAGCACCUGCAGUGGCUGCUGGGAGCGGAUGGCGAGGUCUGGGUGUGGGUCAUGGGUGAAGGUCCCGGUGACAAGCCCUAUGAAGAGAUCUCCGAGGAGCUGAUUGCUGAGAGGGCUCGGCUGCAGGCGCAGAGGGAGGCGGAGGAGCUCUGGAGACAGAAAGAGGCAGAGAUCACCCAGAAGUUCAGAGACGCUUUGGCCAACGAGAAAGCCAGGAUCCUGGCAGAGAAGUGGAAAGUGGAGAUGGAGGACCGGAAGGCUGCCAAAAUCCUGGAGGAGCGCAUCCAUGAGGAAUUCAAGAGGAAAGAAGAAGAGGAGAGGAAACGAGGAGAAGAGCAGAUUCGCCUCCAGGAGGAGCAGAGGGCUAAGGAACUAUACUGGACUCUCAAGCAAGCCCACCUGCACAGCCAGGCCAGCGAGAAGGAGGAGCGAGAGUGGGAGGAGCAAUUGCGCAGGUCCAAGGAGGCGGACGAAGAGAGGAGGCGCGGGGCACAGCGCGCCCGCGACGAGUCCCGGCGCCUCUCGCUGCGGGCCAUCCAGGAGGGCACGGUCGCCGGCCUCAGCUCCAAGUUCCAGGAGCUUGGCCAGACCCCCGCGCACGGGGCCCGACUCGACCAUCACCUGCCCGGCCCGGGCCCACCGCCUCCCCGCGCGCUGAGCGCCAGCAGGACAUGGGAGCGCCCUCUGCGUCCACUCUCCAGAGAAGUCAUCGUCCGUUGGUUUAAGGAGGAGCAGAUGCCUCGCCAGGCUGGCUUCGAGAGGAACACCAAAUCCAUCGCCCCCUGGUUUCAUGGAAUUAUUAGCCGAGAAGAUGCUGAGGAGCUCCUGGAGAACAUGGCGGAAGGAGCAUUUCUGGUUCGUGUCAGUGAGAAAAUCUGGGGGUACACCCUUUCCUACCGCCUGCAGAGGGGCUUCAAGCAUUUCCUUGUGGAUGCUUCUGGAGACUUCUACAGCUUCCUGGGAGUGGACCCCAAUCGCCAUGCCACCCUCACAGACCUCAUUGAUUUCCACAAGGAGGAAAUCAUCACCGUUUCAGGAGGCGAGUUGCUGCAGGAACCCUGUGGGCAGAGAGACAGCCCGCCAGACUACCAUCUGUUGUUUGAAUGAGUUUUUUCCUUUCCCUUAUGAAUUGGAUUCCUUUGGGCAUUCUGAAAAAAAUUCAGCAAACUUUCCAACUUAAAUGCUACAGCCUUCUGGAAGAUCCAAGGGAACUCGUAUAUGAAUCAAUCUCAAGGAAUAUGCAUAGAUGGCAUUUGUGUUACUGUGCCCACCACAAAGCUUGAAGAGAAAUGGCCAAGAGCAAGUAUAGUUCCUUCAGUUAGAGUUCAGCAAGGACUGCAGGAGACAAAGCCGAUUUGUCAUGGCUGCCCUCACCAGAACUCCUUGAAUGCAUGGAUUAGGUUUUAAUAACCAGAAAGGAUUUCAGUGCCUAACUCUGAAUUUAACAUGCAGUUGAUAUUUAGUUAACGAUUGUCGAAUGAACGCAUUUUAGAAAAAUUUCCAGUGUUUGUCAGUAAUGACUUUUAGUAAGUUAUUUCCCCUUUCUCAUUCUUUAUAAAGUCAUAAAAGUAGUAGAAAAAGGUUGUGAAGGAUUUGCAUGGAGUCCAUAGAUGCUGCAUCUUUCAUGCAGUUUAUUGCCAUUGUUGAUAAUACCACUGGAAUUACCCAUGGCUUUGGGGCCAAACUGGUGAUUGACUCUGUGCUACUUUUCCUUAUUCAACCUCUUCUGUCACCU